AAUUCAUUUGCCGCCGCAAAUCUCACUCUCUGAUCCAAGCCGUCAUGGCAGCUGCCAACGCUCCGAUCGCCAUGAGAGAAGCUCUCACCUUGCCAAGCAUUGACAUAAAUCCGCAGUUCAUCACUUUCACGCAUGUGACGAUGGAGUCCGAUAAGUAUAUAUGCGUUUGAGAAACGGCUCCGCAGAAUAGUGUGGUUAUCAUUGAUAUGAACAUGUCGAAUCAGCCUUUGAGGAGGCCUAUUACGACAGAUUCUGCUCUUAUGAAUCCAAAUUCCAGAAUCCUUGCUUUGAAAGUGAUCAUACUCUUAAGGUGUGGAGUAUGGAUGGCCUCUCAGACAAUAUGACAAUGCCAAUUAAUUUAAAAGCAAAAGUUGUUGUUGCAGCUCAUGAUAAAGAUAUAAAUUCUGUAGUUGUUGCUCCAAAUGAUAGUUUAGUAUGUAGUGGUUCUCAGGAAGAGGGAGUUGUGAAAGGUCAAGAGCUAGAGAAUGUUGUCUCAGAUGCUGACUAUACUAAAGCAAUCCAAAUCGCAUUUGAACUGCGCAGGCCUCAUAGGCUUUUUGAGCUAUUUGCAGAACUUUGCAGGAAGAGAGUGGCUGAAAAUCAUAUGGACAGAGCACUUAAGGGCUUGGGUGGUGAAGAGCUUUGUAUAUUAUUUAACUAUAUUUGAGAAUGGAAUACAAAACCAAAGCUUUGUUAUGUUUCUCAGUUCGUGCUUUUCAGAGUUUUCAGCAUCUUUCCUCCAAUAGAUAUUGUCCAAGUGCUUUUUUUACCCUUUUAAGUUGAGAGGUUUGGUGCUUCUAAUCAUGCAUUUCUUGCAUAUUAUGAUGGUUUUUAACUUCUUAUGUUUACUGGUUUUGGCAUUCUGCUGUCUGUUUUAUGGCUACAUAUGCUACCUCAGGUAUUUAGUUAGACUUUGAUAUUGAUUCUGUU